AUGAUCAACGCUUGUGACAAGUUGAUUUUAAUACGAGCGCGCAACGAUAACAAUUGUCUGAUGGGAGAUUCGGCGACAAAGCCAACGCUCGAAUUAUUCAAAGUACAGUGGCGAAUACUGCACGUGUUAUUGAGCAAGAUAAAUAAGCUGUCGAUGCUGCGCGCUUUGGAGAGCGGACGAUAUCUGAGCAUGGCUUUUCACUCGUGGGAUCUGUACAAGUUUCCGCUCUUGCAGAGCACAACCAAGCAUUCAUGGGACACCAAGACGGCUACUCAGCUUGAGAAGCCGCUCAUUUUCGCUAUGCAAACAGGUCGAAAAAACGUCAUGUCAAAAAACUACCUGAAUUCGAAAUGUUAUCCGUACGAUGACUUGAAUCUGGAUUUUGAUAAAAACAGAUGUGCGAUUCUAUACGACUUGUAUGUGUAUUUCUGCAAGGAUUACUACGUAUACGAGUAUCUCGAGCCGAGUCUCAUCUUUACAACUUUUUUACGUAAUGGCCCGUUCGUUAUCAUCGAUUGUUCUUGA